AUGGACGACGACUGCCGCAUGAGUGAGACGUCGAGCGUGCGCAACCGCGGUCAGCGGCACGCGCCGUCGACUAUGGGGGAUCUGGACGGCGCGGGUGACGCGUCCCCGCUCUCUGCGUCGCACAUCCGUCCGCAGCUGCGCUGCAACUCGUGCUGGGAGCCGAUCCUGCCCGACGCGCAGUCAGCCGAGACGUGCUACCGCACCACUUGCGGUCACCUCUUCUGCGAGAAAUGCGCGUACAAACACUUCGGACAGGGAAGACUGCAGUGCCCCGCUUGCAGUGCUGAUCUGAGCCAAGGGGGUGGAGGCAUCUCCGAGACGUAA